GAAGCCAUACUUCAUCCCUUCAUCUCUUUUAUAUCAGUAAUUUCAUUAUUCAGAGAAGGAAAAAGUAAAAACAAAAAUGGGGUUUUUGAAAAGUCCAGUUUUCAUUGCAUGCAUGCUUGUGUUUUCGAUGGCUCUGUGCUGUAACGCUCAAAACUCACGACAAGACUUCCUGGACGCCCACAACGCCGCACGCGCCGCCGUGGGCGUGGGGCCCAUGACGUGGGACACCACGGUGGAAGCGUACGCUCAGAACUACGCCAACAGGAGAGCCGCCGACUGCAGCCUAACCCACUCCGGAAGCUUCAGGUUCGGCUACGGCGAAAACAUAGCCGCCGGUGGCGGCCCCUUGACGGCGAAGUCGGCGGUGGCCAUGUGGGAUGCCGAGAAGAGGUACUAUCACCACGCCAGCAAUUCUUGCAGCGCGCCGGCGGGGCAGUCGUGCGGGCACUACACGCAGGUGGUUUGGAGGAAGUCGGUGAAGCUGGGAUGCGCUAGGGUUAAGUGCGCCAACGGUGCCGGACACUUUGUUACCUGCAACUAUUCUCCUCCGGGUAAUUUUAAUAACGAGAUCCCAUACUGAUCCAACUUAUUUGUAACCCUGUGUGUGUGAAAUCUGGGAAUUUCUUGAAAUAAGUAGUCAUACAUGCAUGCAUGUAUACAUCAUAUCCAUGCAUGCAUGCUAUACAUUAAUAAAUCAUGGUAUAUAUAUAUCAUGUGUUUGAAUGUAACGAAUCUACAUACUGUUUCUGCAGCUUAUGUAUGCAUCCAUGCAUGUUAAUUUUUAUGUAUAAAUAAAAAGUAUAAAUCUUGUCUGAUA